AUGGAAGUGCUUCAUCGCUGCAAAGCAUCCAAAGAAGUAGAGGAUGUUAUUAGCAGCAUGCCGGAGGAUGUGAUCGCUAAUAUAAUGGAUCGUUUGCCGUUGAAAGACGCGGUGGCGACUAGUAUUUUGUCACCAAGUUGGAGAUCUAAGUGGACUCUUCUCACCCAACUCGUACUUGAUCCACACUUCUUUUUUAAUUUUCUUAACCGAAAAUUUCCCUUUGAUAAAAAUUAUAUAACUAGACUUAUCCUUCAUCUUCAAGGUGCAGUUACGAAUUUUGACCUCUUCAUAAGCAAUUGGAUCAAAAUAGAUGAUGAAGAUAUACAUGAUUGGGUUAUGCUCCUAUCUAAAAUGCGUGGGUUUAAGGAACUUACUUUAUGGAACACCCGAACACCGAUUCAGUUGCCUACCCCUAUUUUCUCUUGUCUAGAGUUGAAGCAUUUGAAGCUUUGUGAGUGUGUUUUGUCUCCUUCGACUUAUUUCCGUGGUUUUCCAAAGCUAUUGACCUUAGAAUUGGUUCAUGUAGGAUUUCAAGACCACAAAUAUGGGGAAUUAAUUGCUCAAUGUCCCUUGCUUCAGACUCUAAAAAUUUCGAAUAGGCAUCUUAGAGGGGAAUUGAAAGUGGUUGAGAUUGUAAAACUCGAAAAUGUGAAGGUGUUAUGUUUGUCCUUAUGUUUACUUGACAAUAUGGCCAUGGUCAGACUUUCCACCGUCUUCCAGCAUAUGUCUCUUGUUCCAAAACUUCAAAAGCUUGAUUUGGAUUUUGAAAACUGCAAGUUCUUGGCAGAAGAUGUUGCUCAUAAUCCGGUCUCCAUAACCUUUCCCUUCCUCAAGACUCUUACAUUAUGCCAAAUGGAUUUUAGUAAUGUUUCCAUGGUAUCAUGUGCUUUUGGGAUGCUUUUUGGCUGCACAAAUUUGCAGAACCUUCAAAUCACAGCUAUAUACAAGAAUGCUGUCCCGAUACCUGCCAUAUUUCCUCAAGAGGUAGACUGCAACACAAUGGGGCAGCUGCAGCUUAGGAAUGUGAACUUAGCAUUGAUAAAAGGUUUGGAAAAUGAAGUAUGUUUGAUUAAGUGUAUUCUGGCUUGCUCCCCCAUCCUAAAGAGCAUCAACAUUCGACUCAACUGGUUAGUAGAGAGCAACGUUAACGAGAAGUAUAAGAUUGCUAGCACGUUGCUCAAAUUCCAUCGAGCCUCUCCAGUAGCCGAAGUUAUCUUCUAG